AUGGUUGAAAAACUUGGACAAAUACAUGCCUCCACCGUCCUUGUCGUUCAAAGACCUAUCGCACUGCCCUUGCCGCUAGGCACGAAGGACGCCUACGAAGACUUCGAAGGGAAGCUAAACCGUGAUGCCGAUUUUCGGGAAGAAGUGGUAUGUAAAUAUGCAGCUUUAUUUACUCUCCAUGAGUUAUAGAUGAAACAACUUGUUUCAGUUGGCGGGCGUAACAACAAGGAGUUUGUGAGGAAUAUCCUCAGUAAAUUGCUAGGACCACCCCUUUGCCGUGACUACUGUUGGAGUGGCUCAGUGGGAAAACAAUCCUUUGUCGGUAGUCCAUUAUAUGCACUCCGGUGUGGUAAGUUUUCCUCAUUUGUUAA